CUGCUCUCCUCGCCAUGGCAACCGGCCACGUCCCCCCGCUACUCCCCUCUCUCCUGUACUUUUUGGGAUGCUGUGUGUACUGUUGCCAUGGUGACUUCCAGGCAGCCCCCAGGGUGUAUCUGUCCUACAAGGAGCUGCUGGAGACGCGGACGGCCCGGCCCUUCGCCUUCUCCUUCAACACCAGCGACUACCGGAUCCUGCACAUGGACCAGGACCAGGGCCGGCUGUACCUGGGCUGCCGGGAGUACCUGGUGGCGCUGGACAUGCACAACGUCAACAAGGAGCCACUCAUCAUCCACUGGCCGGCGUCUGCAGAGAGGAAAGCGGAGUGCAGGAUGACUGGGAAGGGGGGGCAGGGAGAAUGUGCCAACUUCGUGCGUCUGAUGGAGCCCUGGAACCGGACCCACCUGUACACCUGCGGGACGGGCGCCUACAAACCAGUCUGCACCUUCAUCAACCGGGGCUGGAGGGCAGAGGACUACGUGUUCAGGCUGGUUCCUGGCCAGGUGGAUUCUGGGAAGGGGAAGUGUUCGUACGACCCCCGGCGGGCCAACGCCGCCACGCUCAUCAACGGUAACCUGUAUGCGGGGGUCCACGUGGACUUCAUGGGGACGGACCCGGCUAUCUUCAGGACGCUGGGGGACCGUCCCGCGGUCCGCACGGAGCAGUACGACUCCCGCUGGCUCAACGAGCCGGUGUUUGUGAAGAUCCAGAAGAUCCCGGACAGCACGCAGGCCAACGACGACAAGCUCUACUUCUUCUUCAGGGAGAAGAGCUUGGACUCUACCGGGGGGAACAACCCCGUCAUGGUGUCCCGGGUGGGCCGGGUCUGUCUGAACGACGACGGAGGUCAGAGGUCGCUGGUCAACAAGUGGACCACCUUCCUGAAGGCGCGGCUGGUGUGCUCUGUAACCGGGGGCGACGGGGUGGAGACGCACUUCGACGAGCUGAGGGACGUGUUCAUCCUGCCCACGCAAGACGCCCGCAAUCCGGUUGUGUACGGUGUGUUCGCCACCGCUGGGUCGGUGUUUAAAGGCUCAGCGGUGUGCGUGUACGCCAUGUCCGACAUCAGGAACGUCUUCAACGGCCCCUUCUCUCACAAACACGGACACAACUACCAGUGGACCCCCUACACGGGCAAGAUCCCCUACCCCCGUCCCGGCACGUGCCCCGGGGGGACGUUCACCCCGGGGCUGCGCUCCACCAAGGAGUUCUCUGACGAGGCGGUGAACUUCGUGCGGGCGCACCCCCUCAUGUACCAGCCGGUGUACCCCCUGCACAAGCGGCCCCUGGUGCUCAGCACUGCGGGGGACCACCGCUUCACCUCCAUCGCCGUGGACAUCGUGGACGCCACCGACGGGAAGUACGAGGUGCUCUUCCUGGGAACAGAUCGGGGGACGGUGCAGAAGGUCAUCGUUCUCCCCAAAGACGCCAGCAGCACGGAGCAGCUCAUCCUGGAGGAGGUGGAGGUGUUCAGGACCCCGACGACGAUCAAAACGAUGAGGCUUUCAUCCAAACGGCAACAGCUGUACGUGACGUCGGACCGCGGCCUGACCCAGGUGUCCCUGCACCGCUGCGGGGUGUACGGCCGCGCCUGCUCCGACUGCUGCCUGGCCCGGGACCCCUACUGCGCCUGGGACGGGGAGACCUGCGCCUCCUUCACCCCCUCGGCCAAGAGGCGCAGUAGGAGACAGGACGUGAAGCACGGAGACCCCCUGAGCCAGUGUCGAGGCUUCAACACCAAAGAGAAGCGUCUGCGUGAAGCGGUGCAGUUCGGCGUGGAGGGCAGCAACGUGUUCCUGGAGUGCCAGCCCCGCUCUCCGCAGGCCAGCGUCAAGUGGCUGCUGCAGAAGGACGGCCGCAGGAAGCUGCUGAACCGGGAGCACGAGGUGCUGAAGACGGGCCACGGCGUGCUGCUGAAGGAGCUGGUGCAGGCGGACGCCGGGGUCUACCACUGCCAGGCCACGGAGAACAACUACCGCCACACGGUGGCCCGCAUCGCCCUGCGCAUCCUGGACCGCGAGAUCGUGGAGGCGCUCACCGCCACCGACGUGCCCCCGCUGCAGCGCCAGCCGCACGAGGCCGCGCCCCCGGCCGCCGCCGACCCCCGGACCGCCGCCGCCGCCGCCUCCGCCGCCUCCCAGGCGGAGGUGCGUCUCAUCGGCCAGUACUGCCGGGCCUACCUGGAGGAGCUGUGCCCCGGGCGGAGCACCAAGCGUACCCACCGCCGGCACGCCGAGGCCGGGGGCUCCGGCUGCAAGCCUGCCGCUGCUGCCUCCUCCUCCUUCCCACGCAGGCUGUAA